ACAGUCUGUCAGUUUUUCGACUGCCAUGAUGACCCAAACUUCGAGCCAGACGAGGGACCUCUUACUGAGCUCCAGUUCACGUGGCUUGGAGCUUUGCAGUAUAUACAUGUAAAAAAUGGUACACCACACUACUUUAGAGUUCCAAGAGUGGUUCUCAUUAGUCAGCAAUUCGUUCUCUCAACAGCUGUGGACGCAGCACAUAUACCUGAUGGAUAUGCUUUGGGCAAUAUUGUCUUCGGAGAUUACGAACGUGAUGAAGGUGAGUGUAAGAUCUCCAUAGAAGAUUUAGCAGCGGGUAUGGAGUGCGAGCCUGCAGUACUAUUAAUGCCCAUAGCUGACGUUCUCUUGCACCCUGAGUACAAACAUUUUGAAACAAAAACAAGCAUCGCUUUGUUAAAACUUAUCUCACCUGUAAAAUCGAAGUAUAUGGUACCAGCUUGUCUACCUUUCAAGAAUUUUUUGAUUGGAAAAAAUGGAAAGCAGACAACGGAAAAGAUUUAUCAUGUCGACUUUGUAAGCGAUGUUCCAAGAGAUUUCUUGGAAGAAGAAAAGGAAGUAUCCCGUUUAAAUUUACUGCCAAGGGAACUGUGCUACUUGUACGAUAAUCCCCCGAAUAUAACCCGUGGACCUAAGGAUCGUAUGGCGUGCACCACUGGUUGCGGGUUCCAUUCAGGAUCACCAAGUUUAGUACACGAACAUACUGGUCAUUGGUCUAUCGUCUCGUUAUCCCAAGGUGGUUCUCCUUGUCCAGAUCCGCUACGUACCCGUCGACCACCAUCACCGCCUCGUCAUACACUUAUACAUCCGUAUGUUCCUUGGAUCACCGCUGCGAUUACUGGAAAGGCAGUUGGUGCUUUUGCGAAAGACGACCCAUUUGGUUACGUGAUGCCCCGUUCCUCUUUAUACGACAUGAUCGGACAUCGCUGGGUCGGUCAUUGGUGGAUGGGUGGUCUUCGCUGCUACGAUAGAGGAGAGGCCGCCCUAGACAUCUUUAGAUUUUACCACGAAGUAUUCCAAGUGAAACCUGUGACAUUGACCUACCUUACGUACUAUUUGGAGAUUUCUGGUGCUCAUGACACGAUGAUAAUCUGCGUAAAAGUUGGAAUGCCAUAUCAACUGGGGCAGCCUAAGGUUUGGCAACUGGAUAGUCCGGAAGUGAAGGUAAGAGUACCUCUCGUGACAUUUGCUCACCUCUACAAGUUCCAAGUAGAAGCUUGGGGGUACAAUUCCACCGAAUCGGAGUCCUCAUCGCAGUCAUCUUCAUCAGUUCAAAGUCGUUCGGAUGAAGUUGCCGGUCGUUAA